AUGCCUUACUCCAACUACAAGCGCUUCCUCGUCGCCCGCUUCCAUGAAGCCCACCGUUUGCUCGGCGAUCCCGACACCAUCGAGGAUGGCGCCGACAUCCUUCGCGACCUGCUGGCAAGCCGGCCGUCGCCGGGGCCGUGGCUGUGGAUGAAGUGCCACCUCGGGCUCUCGUUCUACGCCGACGACUUCUUCGACGCCGAGGCCAACUUGAUCGCCGCGCAGCGCAUCUACGAUGAUCUGCGCACGCAGCCGCCGGAGAACCGCUCUGAGGAGCGCGCUGCUCGGCUGCCUGCGGUUGGUCGGGGUCUCGAGCAGUCGCGCGCUCGCAUCAAUGAGUGGCGUCAGAACAUCAUCGACGCUGGCGCCGCUGGAGAGGCUCAGCUGCAGGACGAAACUGCCUCCCAGACAACCCAGGAAAUGACUUUGACUGAGAAUGCGGAUGAGCUUGCUUCGGUGGAAGAUGCGGAGAAGGUCGACGACGACGAGAAUAUCCAGCUGGCACAAGACUCCGCAACUUGA